AUGUUUUACAGGGGCGAUUUGCAGAGCGGGAUAGACCAGGCUGUCAGGGAGGUCAAGCAGGUUGUCUGCUUCAUCACAGGUCCGUAUUCCAACUACAUAGAUCCAUCUCCACAGCUUCUGACGCCACGGUUAGACAACGGGAGCCUCAGCUUGAUAUGGGAGAGAGACUAUCUCAGAGACGAACGGAUCGUACGGCUGAUAACCGCCAAUGCGGUGGCGUUACGACUGGUAGAGGGCUCGCAGGAGGCCGAGUUCCUCUCUACCUUCUGCCCCGUGAACGAGUCGCCUACGCUGGUCGUGAUUAAAAAUGGCAUCGUCCGCGAGUACAUAGCGGCAAGGACCGAGGAGCCCAUGUUUAAACGCCGAUUGAUAGCUGCCCUGGAAGACAAUAAGCCUCCAAGAAGGAUGCGGGAGGCACAGGCGCAGAGAGCCGCUGGCCAUGGAGGAAGCCCGGCCGUGUCUCCGACUACCGUCCCUGCUGCUCCUGCGGCUGCUGGAGCUCCUGUCCCUGCUGCCGCUGCUCGCUCCAUCCCGACUCCUCCAGCUCCGGCUCCGGCCCCAGCUAUACCAGCUACCCGCGUCACACCUGCUACGCCUCCGCCCGCUCCAGCUCCAGCUCCCUCGCCGUCAUACAACAUUAUAGAUCCACCACCAGAGGGUCGUAGCAAUGACCCACAAAGACGAGAGGACAUCCGGGAAGGUAAGCGACCUGCUGAACCAGAGGGCGAGAAGAAAGAUCAGGCGGAGUGGAAGGGUAAACAGCGAAGAAGGCACCAGAAAGAGCGGGAGGAGAGAGAACGGGUGUUGGAGCGGAUAAGACGUGACAAUGAAGAGCGGAAGGCGAAAGCGGAGAGACAGAAGGCUGCUGCAGCAGUGCAGAACGAGUCCUCACGCAAGUCAUCUACUCCUACACAAACUUAUCGUCUUCAGGUUCGCCUGUUCGACGGGAGCUCUAUAAGAAAUACCUUCCGGCCCGACCAGACCAUAGGAUCGGCUGUUCGGUCGUGGCUCGAUAGAGAGCGCUCCGACGGGGAUGCGCCAUAUACCUUGAAGCAUAUAUUGACGCCUCUUGAAAACAAGACAAUCUCGCUUUCGGAAGAAGAUCACACCCUACAAGAACUAGGCGUUGGUCCCACCGCUACUCUAGUCAUGGUCCCUAUAAAAACGUACACGGAGGCAUAUUCAGCCACAGACACGCCGCUACCAUACCGUGUUAUUUCAGGUGGCUAUAAUCUUGUUGCUGGCACUGUCAAUGCUGUAGCUGGAAUGGUAGGAUCUGUGCUGGGGAUUGGUCAGAACCCAGCUGCCGUUGGACGUGGUGCGUCUACGCCAGCCAACACAGCUACAGAGGAGCCAGCUCCGGCGAGUAGGCAAGGCACGAGAGGGUCAGCGCGCAACAAGAUACGGACACUGCAUGAUGCCAACUCUGAGAGGGAUGAACAGCAAUUCUAUAAUGGAAACCAGCUAAACUUUGAGCCUCGAAAAAAGGACGAUGAUAACUAA